UUGUGUAAGGCGGCUGCAUUGAAGUUGUGUAAGGACCGAAACAAGACAGCAUAUAAAACAGAAAUCAAACACCAUUUCCAAGCGUUUGAGUCAAGCUACUGGUUGGAAACUCUGGGAGCGCAAGUAUCCUCUAUAAUCCAGCACAAUCAGCACGACAGGUGGGGAUGAGGAUGUUGUGGGCUUGUCUUCUGGGUUUGGGGCUGUCUGCUCUCUCUCAAGCUCAGCCCAUGUUCUCCGUCAACACGGAUACAGUUCUGCCUCCUGAUCCUCUUCACAACCCCACCCAGCUGAAUUAUGGGAUGGCGGUGACAGAUGUAGAUGGAGAUGGGGAUCUGGAGGUGGUGGUGGCCGGGUAUAACGGCCCAAACCUGGUUCUGAAGUAUGACCGUACCCAGAACAAACUAGUGAACAUUGCGGUGGACGAUGGCGGUUCUCCUUACUACGCCCUGAGAGACCCGCAGGGAAACGCCAUCGGAGUGACGGCCUGCGAUGUGGACGGAGACGGCAGAGAGGAGAUCUACUUCCUCAACACCAACAACGCCUUCUCAGGUCAGGCGACUUACGCAGACAAACUUUUCAAAUUCCGUAACGGUCGUUUCGAGGAUCUACUCGGCGAUGACAUCAACGUGCGGAGAGGAGUGGCCAAUCGUAUGGCGGGACGCUCCGUAGCUUGUGUUGACAGAAAGGGAACAGGUCGAUAUUCAAUUUACGUGGCGAACUACGCCAGCGGUAACGUUGGGCCGCACGCGCUCAUAGAGAUGGAUGAAGCCGCCAGUGAUGUCGAGAAAGGCGUCAUCGCUCUGUCUGAUGUCGCGCCACAAGCCAACGUCAAUAAGUACACAGGUGGCCGUGGUGUAGUUGUCGGUCCAAUCCUCAGCGACACAAGAUCUGACAUUUUCUGUGACAAUGAAAAUGGACCCAACUUCCUGUUCCAGAACAAGGGUGAUGGAACCUUCAAAGACGUGGCGGCCGUGGCAGGAGUUGAAGACAGAUAUCAGCAUGGCCGAGGUGUGGCGCUGGCCGACUUUAACGGUGACGGAAAGACGGAUAUAGUUUAUGGCAACUGGAACGGUCCACACCGCCUGUACCUGCAGGAUAGCCAGCAGAGAUUCAAGGACGUCGCCACACGGGCCUUCGCCACUCCGUCACCCAUUCGCACCGUCAUCGCUGCCGACUUUGACAACGAUCUUCAGCUUGAAGUCUUCUUUAAUAACAUCGCUUACCGAGGAGACGCCCCCAACAGAAUCUUCAGGGUGUCGAGGAAGCAGAAUUCUGACCCUGACAUCACCGAGCUGGAUGUGGGCGACGCCUCUGAGCCUCAGGGGCGGGGCACAGGUGCCACAGUCACAGACUUUGAUGGUGACGGUCUGCUGGAUCUGUUGGUGGCUCACGGUGAGAGCGCCUCACAGCCCAUCUCUGUGUUCAAGGUCAACCAGGGCUCCACUAAUAAGUGGCUGCGUGUGGUGCCUCGCACACGUUUUGGGGCGUUCGCUCGUGGAGCGAAGGUGGUGAUGUUCACAAAACACAGCGGCGCACACACUCGCAUCAUCGACGGAGGGUCGGGGUAUCUGUGCGAGAUGGAGCCUGUGGCUCACUUUGGUUUAGGAACCGAUGAUGCCACCAGCAUUGAAGUCUAUUGGCCGGAUGGUCGCUCCAUUGCUCGGCCGCUCGAGUCUGCUGAUAUGAACAGAGUCAUUGAGAUCGCAUAUCCUAAUGUAGGGGAGGAGUCAGCCCUCACAUCUGACGCACAGGUACGGAUGCAUGCAAAUGAGGAGGUCAGGAGGUCAAUGCACAGCUUACACAGUCAGUGUGGAGAGGGAUUCACAGUGAACACAAACGGCCGCUGUGUUGUGACAGCCUGAGUAUUUCAACUGGACAUUAUGUGUAUCAUCAUCAUCAUCAUUAAAUCAGUGCUGUCAGAUGUCUGAUGUCUGAUGUUUCUGAUACUGAACCCCUUCACUUAUUCAACCACAGACGCACAAUCUUCUACUGAUACUUGUGCUGUUACUCCAUUUACAAUUCUACUGAAAAACUAUAUAUGCAAAUAACAUUUCUAAGCUAACUAAAUCUGAAAAUGUUUACAUCGAACUCCAAACGUUCCUUUUGUUUUCAGUUUUUUGUUUUACUUAACAUUGGAAUAGUGUGCAAUAAAAAUAAAGCGAUUGUGAGCA